AAGAAGAAGCACACGUAACCUCUAACCUCAACAUGGCGACGUCCUGUAAACAUGAAUGUUUUUAUCGGAAACGUCUAUGAACAAAUCUGCUCGAGAGUUAAGGGUGAAAUAGAGACAGUUGCACAGCUCUACUUUAUUUAAUGUUGUUUUAUUAACAGCUGGUUUAUUCAACCCUGAGCCGCUGGCUAUCAUGCAAGUUUUACUGAGACCUCUUAGUAAAGUUUUAUUAUUUGCUGGACUCCUUCGUAAUGUUAAAAUAUGCAGAAUACAGAGAAGAAGUCAGGGUUAUACGGAGGCGUGCACUUUAAUCAGACACAGAUGGAUAAAGACGGGUUAUGUGUCAAGUACACACUGUAUGAGGGAGUUCAGCUCCUCAGCACAGAAGCAGAAUAUCGAUAUGUCCCAGUUCCCUGUGGAGAAGAUAAGAAACUUCAGCAUCAUCGCUCAUAUUGACCACGGGAAAAGCACCCUCGCUGACAGACUGUUGGAGAUGACAGGUGCCAUUGCAAAAACCGAGCGGAAUAAACAGGUGCUGGACAAACUGCAGGUGGAGAGAGAGAGGGGAAUCACAGUAAAGGCUCAGACUGCCUCUCUGUUCUAUAAGCAUGAGGGACAGACUUAUCUGCUCAAUCUCAUCGACACACCGGGUCAUGUUGACUUCAGCUAUGAGGUGUCGCGCUCCAUAUCAGCCUGCCAAGGAGUUUUGCUCAUAGUAGAUGCAAAUGAGGGAAUACAGGCACAAACAGUGGCAAACUUCUACUUGGCGUUUGAAGCUCAGUUAAACAUAAUACCAGUUAUAAAUAAAAUUGAUUUGAAAAAUGCAGAUCCUGACAGAGUGGAAAAGCAAAUCGAAAAGAUGUUUGAUAUUCCAAGUGAGGAGUGUAUCCGGAUUUCUGCAAAAUUAGGCACAAACGUGGACCAAGUUCUUCAGGAGGUAGUGAAGAGAAUACCUCCACCCACAGCUAAGCUAGAGGAACCAUUUAAAGCCCUGGUCUUUGACUCGACUUUUGACCACUACAGAGGAGUAGUAGCCAAUAUCGCCUUGUUUAGUGGACAGGUCUGUAAGGGGAACAAAAUUGUCUCGGCCCACCUGGGAAAGACGUACGAGGUCAAUGAACUGGGGAUUCUGAGGCCAGAUGAACAACCCACAGAGAGACUCUUUGCAGGGCAGGUGGGUUAUGUUAUAGCUGGCAUGAAGGAAGUGAAGGACGCUCAGAUUGGAGACACAUUCUAUAUCCAAAAUCAGCCGGUGGAGGCACUGCCUGGCUUUAAACCUGCUAAGUGCAUGGUCUUUGCAGGUAUAUACCCUACAGAUCAGUCGGAGUAUCCUUCUCUACGCAGCGCGGUGGAGAAGCUCACUCUGAAUGACUCUAGCGUGAUGGUGCAGAGAGACAGCAGUCUGGCUUUGGGGGCUGGCUGGAGGCUGGGAUUUCUGGGUCUCUUGCAUAUGGAGGUCUUUAACCAGCGUUUGGAGCAGGAGUAUAAUGCCUCUGUUAUAGUCACAGCUCCAACAGUGCCAUACAAAGCUGUACUGGCCUCACCCAAACUCAUAAAGGAGUAUGGGCAAGAAGUGGUGACCAUUGUAAACCCAACCCAGUUCCCUGAGAGGUCUUGUGUCGUGGAAUACCAGGAGCCCAUGGUAAUGGGAACUAUCAUCAGCCCUGACGACUUCACUGGGAAGAUCAUGAGCCUCUGUCAGAGCCGCAGAGCUAUUCAGAAGAACAUGGUUUACAUCGAUGACCACCGAGUGAUGAUGCAGUACCUGUUCCCUCUAAACGAAAUCGUGGUCGAUUUUUACGACGAGCUUAAGUCCAUGUCAUCAGGAUACGCUAGCUUUGACUACGAGGAUGCUGGCUACGAACCAGCCGAACUGAUUAAGAUUGAUUUCCUGCUCAACGGGAAACCAGUGGAAGAACUCACCACUAUUGUUCACAAAGACCGGGCCUAUAAUACAGGGAAAGCCAUGUGCAUGAGGCUGCAGGAAUCCAUCCCCAGGCAGAUGUUUGAGAUUGCUGUACAGGCAGCCAUCGGAAGCAAAGUCAUCGCCAGGGAAACAAUUAAAGCAUACAGAAAGAACGUCCUAGCGAAAUGUUAUGGUGGUGAUAUCACACGAAAAAUGAAGCUGUUGAAAAAACAAGCGGAAGGCAAGAAGAAAAUGAGGCGCAUUGGAAAUAUUGAGGUCCCCAAAGAGGCCUUCAUUAACGUACUGAAAAGGAAGUAGAAACUCCAAGAAGAAAAUGUCAAAAAUGCUACAUACUGAGGAAGAAAGCUGAAUCAGAAAAUCCUAAUCAAAUCUGAGGUGCCUAUGGCUGAUUUUUCAAGGCAGCAUCCUAUGUUAUGUCCUAAGGAUCCCAUAAUCCAGUGUUCCAAUAGCAUGUGUAAAAAAAAAAUAAUAAUAAUAAAAAAGACUACUGAAGUUGCAGACCACACAGGGCCGCCUGCGAAAACCAGACUCAUGGUCACAGCCAUGGCCCCACCCUCCCUUAUUGGAUUAGGUACAAAAAAAAUUCCUGGGAGACGAGAAGUUUCAGACAAACGUCCUUCAUCAGCUGUGCAAUAUAUACAUUUUUAUUCAAAUGAAAUACUGAAAUUUGUAUCGAUUCCCGGGCAGCUCAGGAGCCCUAAGUGACUGCUUAUACUGCUGAUAGAUUCAAAAAUAUCCCCCUAUAAGACAUCUAUAAUUAUUUUCACUCAAAAAUGUAUUUUUAAUGAAAUAGCUGGUAUAGUAUUUUAAGUGUAUUUGUCUCCACUAAUACUUUAUUCAGUCUAGUGUAACGAGCCUUUUGGUUUACUGCCCUUUAGCAUAUUUUAUUAUUUUGAUGUAAGGAUUCUCUUACAGGUAUCUUUAUGGAUGUGAAAGCUCUGCCUUCUAGGACACUGAAGUAUGAGGCAGUAUAGCGAAUAAGGCAGCUACCUUCUGUUUCAGACACCUCCAAGGAGUUUUUGUGCAUCUCUUGUACAAAAUAAAACAAAGGCAACCCGAGUAAACACACAAUACAGUUUUUAGUAAUUUUUUUAAUUGAAGCAAAAAAAGUUAUCCAACACCUAUACACCCAUGUGAAAAACCCCUUAAACAAAAAAUCUGGUUGUGCCAGCUUUAGCAGCAAUAACGCCAACCAAAUGCUUCCAUUAACUGGAGCUCAGUCUUUCACUUACUUCUAGGACUAGAACUUACAACUAUGCUCUGGAUCAUUGUCUUGCUGCAUAAUCCAGUUGAGUUUCAACUUAUCCUUCAAACAUUCUCCUAAACAUUUUCUGGUAGAACAGAAUUAAUGUUUCCCUCAAUUAUUAUAAGUUGCCCAGGCCCUGAAGUAGCAAAGCAUCCCCACACCAUCACACCUCCACCACCAUGCUUGACCAUACAUAUGAUGUUCUUUUUGUGGAAUUAUGUGAUUAGUUUACACCAGAUGUAACGGGACCCCUGUCUUCCAAACAGUUCCACUGCAGUGGUUUUCACCUUGUCACGCUUCCAUGGAUGCCAUUUUUACCUAGUGACUUUCUGAUAUUGGAGUCAUGAACAGCGACCUUUAUUGAUGCAAGACAGCCCUGUAGGUCCUUUGAUGUUGUCCUUGGGUCUUUUGUGACUUGCUGGAUGAGUAGUUGCUGUGCUCUUGGAGGCAAUUUGGAACGUCGGCCACUUCUAGGAAGGCUCACCACUGUGCCGUUUUUCCAUUUGGUAAAUGAUAAUGUCUCGCACUGUGGUCCUUUGGAGUCCCAGACCCUUUGAAAUAGCUUUGUAACCCUUCCCAGACUGAUGUAUUUCAAUCACCUUCUUCCUCAUCAUUUCUGGAAUGUUUUUCAACUUUGGCAUAGUGUGUUACUGGGUAAGACCUUUUAACCAACUUCAUGCUGUGAAAAAGUUCUAUUUAAGUGUUGAUUUGAUUGAACAGGGUUGGCAGUAAUCAGGCCUGGUUGUGUAUAGUCCAGCUGAACACCAUUAUCAAUACAGUUUCAUAGAUUUGGGGAAUGAACUAUGGGGGCAAAUACAUUUUCACAGAAGCUCAGUUGGUAUUGGAUAUCUUUUUGCUUCACUAAUUAACUCUCAUUUAAAACUGUAUUUUGUGUUUACUCAGGUUGCUUUUGUUUUAUCUUAGAAUUUGUUUUAAUUUUUGAAGCAAUUUAGUAUAAGAUAUACACAAGAAAUCAGAAACUUUUUUACAUCACUGUGUGUAUUUAUUUAUGUUGUGUAAUGGACUGAUGAAAGAGUAGUGUGUGGUCAUGUAAAAUGUAAAUACAGACCUCAAUAUUGUUUUAAAAAUUAAUUUAUAUGCAUUAUUGGCUUUAUGGGUGUAAAGAAAUGCUGAAGAGAGUCUGUGUUUAAUUCUGUAAAGCACUUAAAGGAAAUAAUGCAUUUUUAAUUCCAAGUGAAGCAUGUUCAUAGACCUGGAGCCAGUGGUAUGUACACUGGGUGUGAAGCUGGAAUACACCCUGGAGGGGACAUCAGGUCAUUGCAGGGCAUCAUGCAGACACACAUUCACACAAUCACUUACAGCUGGGGGAAUUUAGCAUAGCCAGUCUACCUCCCAGCAUGUUUUUGGGAGGUGAGAGGCUAAUGGCGGUGAAAGAAUAAUGAAUUACAGAAAAUACUGUAAGUUUAUACUUUAUAUGACUGAUACAUUUGGGAUUUCCAGACAUAGUUCAUGGGCCAGACAAAAGCUAAAACACUUAUUUAAACCAAACAAGCUUUAUUUAUCAUCAUUCAUACAACCUGGAUCAUGUAAAGAAGAUUUGGUAUUGAAAUGAAAGUCUGGUAACAGCUAUUUUACUAAUGAGGUAAAUGAAAAUCUUUUAACAAACAAAUAAGCAAAAACUAACACAGUGACUCAGCUUUCAAAGGUAUGGUAUAGUUUAAUCAAAUCAAUGUCAAUAUCUUGCGCAACAUAACUCUAGAGUAACGUUCCAUGCAGUAACAUGUCUAAACACUAGGAAUAAAGAAAGUAAAAUGGGUUUGCUAUAACAAUAAAACAGCAGCCAACACAGUAAUAACGAGGAGUGUACAUGUGUUGGGAACAUUCUAAACCGUCAUUAUAAAAUAGGCUCAGUUGGAUUUAUGAUGUUGAAAUGUUUACAUUUACUGGAUCAGGCUUUAUGAGCUGCUGUUUUUCACACAGCUGCGCGAGUAUGUCAACGGUAGUGG